GGUUACAAUGACCCCAACAAAUCCCGAAUCCGCAGCUUCUCGCUGAGUCGACGGUCCCGCCGUUGCUGUCUGCGUCGCUCGCGUAGGAAGCCGCUGGAAUCCCUUUGCAUUGCUGCUUGUUUCUGCUGGCAUUGAGCCACCAUGGCGAUCCUCCACCACGCUGUUACCACUUCCUCUGCUGUAGUUGCGUCUUCUUCUUCCUCGGCGCCCAAGGGGGCGAAGGAUUCUGUUAAGAAGCCCACUAGCUCGCAAGUGGGUUCUGAAUCUGUUCCUGUCGUCCUCCGCCCUGCGUCUGCUCUUGCUGCGUCUCUUGUCGCGUUUGCCUCACCCGCGGCUUUGGCUGUGAACUAUGACGAUUUUGUCACUAGGGCUUCCUCUUCUGUUACGUCUGCUGCCUACUCCGUCCCUGAGCUCUCCUUCCCCGAGUUGCCCUCCGUCGACCUGGGUGGUGCCACCGAUUUCGUCAGUGCCAAUCCCUUGGCGGUCGUGGCUGGGCUUGUAGCUGUCACUGCCCCUUUCAUCGCGUCUGGGGCAUUGGCGGGUCCUGGUGCGUCAUCCAGUUCUGUAUCAGCUAUUGAAGCUUAUGCUAAGCUGUCUGAUCCCGAGCUGAAUGCUCAACUUCUGGAUAUUCGUGCACUCGAGGACGUGAAAGCCGAGGGGAGUCCCAACCUUAAGUCCAUUAACAAGUCAGUCUUGAAGGUGUCCUAUGCUGCGGGCGAUAGUGCAUUUGUGGAAAAAGUGCUCGCGAAGUGCAAAGCUGCUGAGGACACUACUCUCUACGUUUUGGACAGGUUCGACGGAAGCUCCGCAACUGUCGCCAAGCUUCUUUCCAACAGUGGAUUUAAGAGCGCGUAUGCAAUCAAAGGUGGUGCAGAAGGUUCGAAUGGAUGGAAUGAGAAGGACUUACCGUGGGCAACUCCUUCCAAAGCUCUCAAACUCGACCUUGGCAACCUGAAGAACUUGGUCGGGAAUGUCGAAGGAGUAGAUGUCGAUUCAGCUAGGUUGGUGCCAACGACGCUGGGAAUUGCAGCAGCAGCUGGUGUUGGUCUCGUCAUUUUAUCCGAGGCAGAGACAACCCUUCAGCUGCUCGGAACGGUUGCACUGGUGCAGUUGUUUGUCAAGAAGUUCCUCUAUUCCGAGGAUAGGAAGAAAACAAUCGAAGACUUGAAGUCUUUUCUGAAUACUAAGAUUGCACCCAAGGAUUUAAUUGAUGAUGUCAAGGAAGUCGGAAGAGUCCUCCUCCCUAAGGGUUCUGAGGUCAAAGCAGCUACUCAAACUGGAGAGGAAGUUUUAAAGGAAAAACUGGACGUAGAGUCGGUUACACCUGAAGCAUUGGCAGAAAAAGCUAAAGAUAAGAUCGGAGAGAUGGUAGACAAGGCUGAAGAAAAAAUUGAAGUGGAAGCAGAGAAGCGUGGAGUAGAACUUCCAGAUCUCAAAGCAGCUAUUCAGACUGGAGAGGAAGCAUUGAAGGAAAAACUGGAAGUAGAGUCGGUUACACCCGAAGCAUUGGCAGAGAAAGCUAAAUCAUCUGUUCAAACUGGAGAGGAAGUUUUAAAGGAAAAACUGGACGUAGAGUCGGUUACACCCGAAGCAUUGGCAGAGAAAGCUGAAGAUAAGAUUGGAGGGGUGGUAGACAAGGCUGAAGAAAAAAUUGAAGUGGAAGCAGAGAAGCGUGGAGUGGAACUUCCAGAUCUCGAGGGAGUCAAAUCUGAUCUUCAAUCCAAUUUUGAACCAUCUGAGAAAGAGGUGGAAGAAUCUAGUAACGGUUCUGCAACCCCUGCUUUGGGUGCUACACCUGCUGCUGCACCUCUUCCCGUUCUUCAAGAGCCCCCAAACCUUACGCCCAAGGCCGAGCAAGAACCCAUAGUUGAAACUCCUGCGGAAGAGCCUAGUACAAACACGGAAACCAAACCAUUUUUCGAAAGCGACGCAGAUGUCAAACCUGCCAGCCCGUUCGAACCAGUUGCGUCAGUUAUCUCUAGUGCCGAUGAUUCGGAAGCUGCAGCGGCCGAUCAAGAACCCGUAGUUGAAACUCUUGUGGCAGAGCCUAGUACGAACACGGAAACCAAACCUCUCCUCGAAAGCGAUGCAGAUGUCAAACUGGCCGGCCCAUCCAAACUGGUGGCGUCAGCUGUCUCUAGUGCCGAUGAUUCGGAAUCUGCAGCGGCCGCAUUUGAAGGUGAUGAACCACCAGCUUAUGAAGAACCGGGUUCUAGUGAAGGUAUUACUGCUAAAGAGUUGGAGGUAUCUGCCUCUUCUCGCGCUGGCGACUCAUCCAGUUGAAAAAUCAAGGCCCACAGCUCCGCCUAUGUCAUCAGGACCAUGAUUAAUCAGUGAUGUUACACAAACUCCCUGAUUUCUGUACUUAAAGUGCUCAGCCAUUCAUGGACGGUGGACGUACUCAUCACUAAUGUGACAAAGCAUAUUUAAUUUUGUAGCGGAAAAGUUUUAAGGUGGAUCAACUUACCAAUGCAGUAUUGUUACAACUCUACAGCAGCAUCUAGAAACCUUGAGAUAGGAUCGUUGUUGGUACAGAUAGUGGUCGAGUUGGAUUGUAGCGGUUGAUUAGAUGAGGUAAACAUUGAGCUGCUGUGUAUUUGUACUCGACACUCUUUGUGAGCCCCUUAGUGAAAGUAUCAUGCCUGUAUAGUUUAUGUACAGUCAAUAUGAUGCCCGUGUCUGUGGCCCGUGUUACGCAGACCCCUGUAAAGUCCAGAUCUCAUUUGAAUAAUUACUGUUCGGUCAUCUUCAAAAUCUCAAAGAA